AUGACCGUCGACUUGACACAAGUGUUCCAUCAGAUCGAUGCGGAUUAUGACAAUCUGAAAGAGUUGCUCCGUGAGGCAGUGGCCAUCCAAAGUGUUUCCGGGGAUCCGUCGAAACGCGAUGAGACCAUUCGGAUGGUUCAUUGGAUGAAGGAGAAGCUCGAGCAAAUUGGGGUCAGCUGCGAGCUUGCUGACCUGGGAACUCAGCAAUUGGAAGGAAAGACUGUGAAACUGCCUCCAGUGCUGCUCGGAACUUUAGGAACCGACAAAACCAAAAAGACUCUUCUCGUUUACGGACACUUGGGUUAGAAAUUGUUCAGAAAGAUGACAUGUAUUCCCAAUGUUUCCAGAUGUGCAACCGGCCGCCAAAUCCGAUGGAUGGGACACUGAGCCGUUCGAGCUUGUCGAGAAGGACGGAAAACUGUUUGGACGUGGAUCUUCUGACGACAAAGGACCCGUUCUUUGCUGGCUUCACGCUAUCCGCGCUGCCCAGAAGAACAACAUUGACCUGCCUGUGAACAUCAAGUUCUGCUUCGAAGGAAUGGAAGAAUCUGGCUCCGUCGGACUGCCGGAACUUCUGGAACGCGAGAAGGAUCGUUUCCUGGCUGGAGUCGAUUUCGUUUGCAUCUCGGACAGUUACUGGUUGGGCACCAAAAAGCCUUGUCUGACGUACGGACUUCGCGGUAUUUGCUCUUUCUUCGUGGAAGUGACCGGCAUCAAACAGGACCUGCACUCGGGAGUGUUCGGAGGUGUCGUCCACGAGCCGUUGCAAGACCUGAUUCAUGUGAUGUCACAGUUGACAACCGUCGACAAUCGCAUCAGAAUUCCAGGUGAUUGCGCUCAAAAUUAGUCUGAUAGGCAGCGGAAAGAAAUCAUUGACCAACAAGUGCUGAUAAGAAAAUGAAGGAGAUCAAACAAUCAUGAAUUAGGCCCAGAACCUUCUUCUUCUCAAUUUUGCAGCGUGAAAAAGACCGAUGAAACGUUUUUGAUUUGCAGGAAUCUACGACCAGGUGGCUCCACUUUCCGCCGCCGAGGAGAAGACUUACGAUGAAAUUGAAUUCGACGUCACCGAGUUUCGUGAGAGUGUCGGCGCUGUCAAGCUGCCCACCGAGGACAAAAAGACGCUCCUGCUCCGCAGAUGGCGUGAGCCUUCCCUCGCAUUCCACGGAAUCGAAGGAGCGUUCUAUGGUCCUGGAGAGAAGACUGUGAUUCCGUCGAAGGUGAUCGGAAAGUUCUCGAUUCGCAUCGUUCCAGACAUGGACCCCGAUCAGGUGAACCGUCUCACUGUCGAGUAUCUUAAUGAAGUGUGGAAGAAGCACGGCUCCCCGAAUACCUUCAAGCCCCGUCCAGGACACAGUGCGAAACCGUGGGUGGUCGAUGUGAACGACUCGAACUUCUUGGCUGGAGCCCGCGCUAUGAAGAGAGUGCACGGAGUGGAACCGGAUCGAAUUCGCGAAGGAUGCUCCAUUCCAAUCACCCUCACAUUCCAAGAGCUGACCGGAAAGAGUGUGCUCCUUCUGCCGCUCGGAGCCGCCGACGAUAUGGCGCACUCGCAGAACGAAAAGAACAACAAGUGGAACUACGUGGAGGGCGUCAAGACCCUCCUCGCCUACAUCAUCGAACUGGGAACCGCGUAA